AUGAGCACAAUUCGCUACACGGAGUUUGGUCAUCCUCUUUCAGUUCUCAAGACGGAGUCGGACGACAAGGAGACAGCCCCAGCCAAGCAUCAAGUGGCACUUAAAUUUCUAGCCGCUCCGAUCAAUAUAUCCGACCUGUCGCAGAUCCAAGGUGCUUAUGGUAUUAAACCCACCUUCCCGGCCAUAGCUGGCAAUGAAGGCGUUGCAGUCGUCACGGCUGUUGGUGCUGACGUCAAGAAUGUCAAGGUGAACGAUCGUGUUAUUCCCACAAGUGCUGCAUUUGGCACAUGGCGUAACAAGGCCGUAGCGGAUAGUUCGCAGGUGAUGAAAAUCUCGGAUAAAAUAUCUAUCGAAGAUGCUGCCACAUUGUCCGUGAAUCCAUCCGCAGCCUACCGCAUGUUAGCCGAUUUUACGACUUUGAAAAAAGGUGAUGUAGUUGUUCAAAAUGGCGCCAACAGCGCUGUGGGUCAGGCCGUCAUCCAAUUGGCCGCUCUGCGUGGCAUCAAGACCAUCAACAUCAUACGCGACGACGGCGAUUACGAAAUUACUGUGGAGCAUUUGAAGAAUUUAGGCGCUACAAUUGUGUGCUCGACCGACUAUGUUGGCUCGGCCAAAUUUAAAGAGCUCAUUUCAGACUUGCCAGCCCCAAAGCUGGCGCUUAAUUGUGUGGGUGGCAAGACUAGUCUUGAGAUGGCUAGAAUUCUCACAAGAAAGGGUGUACACGUUACAUAUGGCGGCAUGAGCAAAGAGGCUGUUGCUGUUGGCACGGGUUCGCUCAUCUUUCAUGACAUUACUUUAAAGGGCUUUUGGCUCAGCGAGUGGGUCAAGGAAUCAACUGUCGAAGAACGUGCUGCGAUGCUCUCGGAACUUGCUGGUCUCGUAGAGGCGGGCAAGUUACGUACGUGGAUUCAAACUUAUAAAUUUGCAGACUUUGACGACGCUUUGCAAGCUGCUGUGAAUCGCACAACGAAGCGCAAGAUUGUAAUGCUGAUGGAGUAA